CUCAGGGUGAAGUUCUUCUUCCUGAGAGAGCGGUGCAAAACAGACUAACAAAUUCAGCAACAGAGAAUCGCAGUUUGCGGAGUGAGUGGAAGAAGAACUCCCCUGUCGAGUCAUGGCCUCGGCUUCAAUACCAGUCUACAACUCCUCCGUUAACCCCCUGGAGAACAGAUCUAGUCAGAACGCGUCCAGAGAGAGUCUGAAGAUGGGACCGCUGGCAGACGUCACUCUACUUCCCGGAGAAGAGAGAGUCAUAGAACAUGACAAAGACAUAAUCUACAUGUGUCCAUUCAACGGAGCUCUGAAAGGCAAAGUCUUCAUCACCAACUACAGACUCUACUUCAAGAGCGCCGACGCAGACCCGGCGGUGACCCUGAACGUUCCGCUGGGUGUCAUUGGUCGUGUGGAGAAAAUGGGCGGAGCCUCCAGUCGGGGGGAGAACUCGUAUGGGCUGGACAUCACCUGCAAGGACAUGAGGAACCUGAGGUUUGCGCUGAAGCAAGAGGGCCACAGCAGACGAGACAUAUUCGAUAUCCUCUUCAGAUACGCCUUCCCAGUGUCGCACGGCCUGCCGGUUUUUGCGUAUCUGAGUCAAGAGAAGUAUGAAGAGAAUGGCUGGAAUGUCUUUAAACCAAUGGAGGAGUUCAGGCGGCAGGGCUUACCCAAUGAAAAGUGGCGUAUCACGUUCGUCAAUGAAACCUACGAGUUGUGCGACACAUAUCCCACCAUACUGGCCGUCCCAUUCAGAUCCUCUGACGAAGACCUGAGGAAAGUGUCUGCCUUCAGGUCAAGAGGACGUAUACCGGUCCUGUCCUGGAUCCAUCGUGAGAACCAGGCGGUGAUCUGCCGCUGCUCCCAGCCCCUGGUGGGGAUGUCUGGGAAGAGGAACAAGGAUGACGAGCGUUAUCUGGACCUGAUCCGCGAGGCCAAUGGCACGGCCAAGCUCACCAUCUACGACGCAAGGCCCAGCGUCAACGCUGUUGCCAACAAGGCUACGGGCGGGGGCUACGAGGGCGACGACGCCUACCAGAACGCCGAGCUAGUGUUCCUGGACAUCCACAACAUCCACGUGAUGAGAGAGUCUCUGAAGAAGCUCAAGGACAUUGUGUACCCCAACGUGGAGGAGUCCCACUGGCUGUCCAGCCUGGAGUCCACCCACUGGCUCGAACACAUCAAGCUGGUGAUAUCGGGAGCCAUCCAGGUGGCGGACAAGAUUUCGGGGGGUAACUCUGUUGUGGUCCACUGUAGCGACGGGUGGGACCGGACGGCCCAGCUCACCUCUCUGGCCAUGCUGAUGCUGGAUGGACACUACCGCACACUCAGGGGGUUCCAGGUGCUGCUGGAGAAGGAGUGGAUAAGUUUCGGACACAAGUUUGCCUCCAGGAUAGGACAUGGGGAUAAAAACCAUGCCGACCAGGACAGGUCUCCCAUCUUCGUCCAGUUCAUUGACUGUGUCUGGCAAAUGACUAAACAGUUCCCGACAGCAUUUGAGUUUAACGAACGUCUCCUAGUAACCAUCCUGGACCACCUGUUCAGCUGUCGCUUUGGAACGUUCCUCUACAACUGCGAGAGUGCCAGGGACACCAACGAGGUGCGUUCUAAGACGGUGUCUCUGUGGUCCUUGGUGAACAGCGAGGCGUCGUCCUACCAGAACCCCUUCUACACUCCCGAGUGCAGCCGGGUGCUGUACCCCGUGGCCAGCAUGAGACACCUGGAACUCUGGGUGACCUACUACAUCCGCUGGAACCCUCGCAUUAGACAACAGCAGCAGAGUCCAGUAGAGCAGCGCUAUAUGGAGCUCCUGGCCCUGAGAGACGAGUACCUGAAGAAGCUUGAGGAACUACAGCUUACUGACUCCUCCCCCAACUCCUCCCACCUAUCCAACAGCUCCACCCCAAACGCCGCCUCACCCACGCAGCACAUCACACACCUGCACACACCAUUCUGAGUAACACACGUACAGAUAUAUACAAUAUGUAUGUUUAUGUGCAUUCAUUUGGGUUAGAGUUUGUUCCAGUUCAGUUAAUGAAUCCUAUGAGAAUAACUGAGAUUCCAAGUUUGUGAGUUGUUACAUUUAUUCCCAAACUGCAUGUUUCAGUACUUUGGAUAGAAAUAGCCAUUCUUGCUGAAUUUCGGAAUUUCUAUUAUCUUGCGUUCAUUUGCCGAAUUGACAUGGAAUUUGACCCUGAUACACACAGGAAGAUGUUGGUUGUUUUGUACAUAGCGUAACUAGAGUAAUAAUGGAGAUUAUAAAUAACUUGGAAAUAUAGUAAUUAUGACGUAUGACCAUAACAAUAGCGUAACUAUGGUGAUUAUGCAAUAUGUCACAGUACAGCCUUUUCAAAGUUUUUAAUAGAAUGUUCAUUUCCCUUCCCCUCGCAAAAACUGAGAAGCCUUAAUACAAAAGAAAAUACUCAGUGUGUAGACAAACUUCUUGAAAGGGCCUGUGAGAAUGAUUUAAAACUUGUGCCUGCUUUCUAAUUCUUUACCGUUCACUAAGAAGGGUGCACUUGUACACUCCUGCCUGGUUUGGCGUGAGAAUGUCUGGAGUGACUUUCCAUCCCGUUUGGGAUGUAUGAAUGCAUGCUUUCAGAGAAUGGUGGAGUACGAGAAGGCAGUCUUGGCUUGUUUUGGGCUUGUGGACCCCGGGUCCACGCAGAGGCCUGAAAAAAAUGCCACUGUUAAACUUGUUGCAAAUGGACUGAAAGAAGGGAGACAGGAAUGAAAAUGUUACCAUUUGACUGGUUUCCCUUUUCAGUUUUGAGUGGUUUCCCUUGAAUCGCUGUGUUCCCCCUGCAGACCUACAUGUAUUGCUAGGACAUCUGCGUCCUGGUUUCUGGAACGUUCUCUGGGACUGUGCAUAUGUCCCCAAUAGGAGUGAAGCCAGUCCAGCCAUUACGCUUGGAUGAGAACUAGAGUAUGAACAGUCGACUCCGGAAAACCAAGUGCGCUUCGGUUCCCAUGUCCCAGCUCUGAAUGCCUGCAUCAUUCAGUCUACCGCAUGCAGUAGUCACCGUGCAGGUUCUAUGUGACAACCCAAAACCGUCCUGUUUCUCCGGGGUCCACUGUUCUGUCCUCCAUGACCAGUAGACCUAACUUCCCCUCUGUAGCGUUCCGUAAAAGGUCUGUGGAGCCACAGGACACUGUAAGAGGAGCUGUGAGUUUUUCUGUCUUUACCCAGCCCUCCCUUCUGCCUCGUCUCAGAUCUAUCACCAGGCUCAGCUCAUACAGUCUAUCCAAGAACAGUCACCGACGGUCCCUAGUCCUCUGGUUCUGCCUCUUCGGAUCUUUCCCUGUUUCUCUGUCCUUUCAGCAACCUCCAAAAUCCAAAGCUUUGAAUCCGUCAAACUUGAAAAUCGGUUGGACUUCUCUCUGCAUCAGUGUCAGCGUGUUUCCCCAUACCACUGCAUCUCAGUCCAGAGUGGUGAUAAAAGUUUGAUUAGAGUGUUCUCCGAAUUCAUCCUGGCACAGUCAAAAGUUAAACUGGACAGGAUGGUUAUUCUUACAAAAGUGACAACGAGAGGUGGGAGAAGAACUGUGGGAUCUUUUAGAGCAUGUUUAGAACAUUUUCACGGGUGAAUUAUAUAGCUUUGGACAGAAACGACCAUAGUUUUACAUAAGAUUUGGGAUAUGAUUGGUAGUAAAUCAUAAUUAACUGUUUACCGGGCAGAUCCAGUGUUCUGGAGACCGCUGGUCCGGACCAGUUCUGUGCCUUUGACUGUCUGAGGUUCAAUCCUCAGGUGGAUGUUUUGUACCUGAACUAUAAACUUUGUCUUUGUCAUUGAUACUUUGUAGGCGGUGUCUGUGGUGAGGGGAAAGGGAGAGAAAGCAGCCAAUUGGUUGUAGUGUGGGAAAGUAAAAAUCCUGUUUGGUUGUCAGGGGGUAGAAAGAACUGGAUUGGUUAUGAUGGGGAAAGGAAACUCUAAAUUGGUUGGUGUGGGUGUGUAGUGGGGUACUCUUGUUUUUAAAGUCACCAUACUGGAUAUGGGAAAAACAAGAUCCAACAGCUUGGAACCGGACAACCCAUAUUAUAAGAUUGUUUGGGAUAAGAAUGAGAACAGUUAAUAUUUUCCUCUUUCAGAAGCUCCCUUUUCACUCCCUAAUACCGCCCCAGAAUGCUUCACUUUGGAAGACUUUGACCUCAAUGAGGAGAAAAGGUUAGAAUGAAGGGCAUGAGGAAAAACUAUAGUGACACCGCAUUGGUUGUGUUUUUAGGGAAAGACAAAAAUCUAUUUUGUUUAUUUUUUACUUUGUACAAGUACAGUAACUAUGAUGUAAUUACCUCAAACGAAACCUAUUUUACUGUCAAAGUUCUAUUGUUGUAAAAUAUAAUUAUUUUAUUUAGUGUAAAAGUUGACACAUUUUAUAAAAAGGAAAGUAAUAAGACAAAUGUUUUUUUUUAAUGGUUGGUUGAAUUGUUGGCUAAUUAUUUGUGGAUCAGUUGUUACAUACAUUUUCUUCAGUUUGUCUUAUUUUACCUUAUGUCAUACAAAGUUGAUUUACUGUGACAGGUUUCUCACUUAAUAUUUUCAUGCUUAAAAGAAUUUAAGUGAAAAGGCGGGCAACAGUUUAUUAAGUUUGUAUGGCUUCAUGGGCAUUUGGGAAUUUUGCUUUCCAACAAUAUGUGGAAGAGAGAUUAGUAAAUUGUUUGAAUCACAAGAGAUUUGAUUCAAUUGGUUCAGUUCCAUUGAUUAUUUUCUUGUGAUUAUAAGAAUGGCUGUGAUUCUACCAGACUCGCAUUUUAGUGAUUAAAAGUUUCUCUUCUCUUUUUGUGAAAUAAAAUGCAAAAAUAGUUUUGGGCACUGUAAAAGCCCACUACUACUACCAAAUAGACUCCAGAUAUAGAUGCUUCCAUUUUCCAUAAUGAGUAGUUUGUAACAGACACUGCCGGAAAGGUCCCAAUAAAAAGCGAGUUUGAUUGAAUACCACAUCCUAAAGGUAGUGAGCGUUUUGUUGAAGUGAGCUUCCCAAAUGUCACUAUCUUGCCCUAUAUUAUGCACAUCUUUGACUGAAAGUACUGCAGUACAUGGGCAUUAGGGUGAAAUUGGGGAUUCAGACAAACUGUCACUAGGGAUUUGUUCAAUUUUUUUCUACCUUAAUGUAGGUAAUAUAGUAUAAAGGGAUUUUUCUUUGUCAUUAUAGCAUACUUACUACUUUCUAGCCCGCUGUUCCAGAUUAAUUUGUGCAGUCUGGACAACUUAAUCUUGUCAUGACUGAGUUAGCCUGCGUGCCAGUCUUCUUCAGGGGGUGGAUUGUACAUCCAACUGCCUCGUGCUACAAAGCAGGAUAUUGACACCUCCCCUUGUGGGCCGUUCAGGUCCACACUUUCUCACUGGUGUGUUUUUGCUCAUCAUGGAAUGAACAGAGCACAGAUUGUCACCCAGGCUACCAUGAGUUUUGGCAAAACUACACAAAUUGCUGUGGGAUCCGGGCUAUACUACUUCGUCAUGUAGAGCGUUUCACUGUUGGUUGUUUUGACCGGCUCAUGUUGUGUAAAUAAUGCUGAUUAAAUUAAUUUAAAGAUUUCUCACUUAA